AAAAGCUUCGAUGUGUCGCAGUUGUUAAUUAAUUUUGUCUAAAUUUAAGUGUAAAUCUGGCUGCUGCUUGGUGCACGAGAAGAGUCGCCAGCCCUGGCCGGAACAGCUGAUGGAAUAUGUAACGCAAUCCACAUUGGCCCACAUUCAAGCAGCAUCAUGUUACAAAUGAGUCGCAGCUCCACCCGCGCCACUCUGUUGAGGAUGCGGCACCGGAAGCUAGUCUCCACCUGGUCGCCGCUAGCAACGGCAUUCAAUGCGCCGCCGUCGAAGCGCACCCGCGAGGAUGCGGGCCUUUUCCGGAUGCCCGAGCUUCGCACUUUCGAAGGUUUCUAUUUGCUAAGGGACAAUGUGGAGAACAAAUCGCAGGAUCUCAUCGCAGAGGCGAUUUCCAGUCAAAGACAACGCAAAAUGGUCGACAUAUUCGACGAGCUCUCCGACUCUCUGUGCAAGGUAGCCGACCUGGCCGAGUUCAUACGGAUCGCGCACCCCAAGAACAAGUACAUGGAGGCGGCGGAGCAGGCCUGCAUCAGCAUUUGCUGUGUGGUGGAGAGCUUGAACACCCACAAACCACUCUACCAAGCCCUGAGGAAGUUUGUGGAGCAGGGAGACCUAAAGCCAACCACCGAGGUGGAUCAGCAUGUGGCCAAGCUCUUCCUCUUCGACUUCGUACAGUGCGGAAUUCACCUGCCGGAAGCGGAACGCCUUCGAGUGGUGCGUCUCAACGACUACAUCCUACAGCUGGGGCAGAAGUUCAUGAACGGAGCAGCCUUUUGCUAAAUUGUAAAUUGCAUGUAUUUUAUUGCCAUCGCUGGUUACAUGUUCUAAUGAUUAAACUAUUGGCUCUGUAUGGAUAUUUUGAAAUAAUGCGGAUUCGUUCCGUUUACCGCUAAAUUAACUUAUAAGUCUAGCGAGGGCUGACGGUUUCAGGAAUGGAAUAUCAAAAUUGUGCAACAGGUUAUUCUCUUUAUUAUUAUUCUCUUACGUUUUUUUGUUGGCCUUUUUUAUGCUAAGUCCAAUAAAAUCAAGUAUUUAAAAUAAACCAGUUAA